UAUCAUAUAUAUAUAUAUGAACGUAUAUGUUGGAACCUUUCCUAGUCAACAAGGAGGGUAAAAUCGAGCCAAGGAAUCGUCGCGUUUACACACUUUAUCGCGUGAUCAUCCUACACAUAUUUGAAUAUCAUCACGCGUGUAAAAAGAAAGAAAAAGAUAGAAAUUUUUCUAUAAAAACUUAUCGUUCUUACGAGAAAUGCUUCAAUACUGAUAUUCGAAUCUGGAAGGAUAUAUAACAAGAUACAAGGUAGAAUAAUGCCUAUCAGAUGGAAAAAGUAACGUCUUCGGGGAGAAAAAAGGUUCAAGAUUCACGUUGGAAACAAAAACGGGAUCAUAUGUCAACGCGGAGGGUAGAAAAAUCGAGGUAUCUUGAUAAUCUUAAGAUCCUCGAUAAAUCAUUAAUAACAAAGAAAUAUGAGGACUCUGCGGAAUCGUUAAAAAUUGUUAAACAAUUGAGGGAACGCGAUAAUAAUUCGCGUGCAUUACCAAUUGGAAAUUAUAAUCAUAACGAUAAGAACAAUUAUCUAAGAGAUCAUAGUCCCUGUCUUCCGUACACUAUUAACACGGUUCAUCUACAAAAUCCUUACAAAUCUCCUCAACGUCUCGAAGGAUACGCUUUACGUGACACCAAUUUAAAGGGUAUGUAUCGAUCGAGGGAAUCGACACUAAGAUCAAGAUACAAUCGGAAUAAUUUAGCUACGAGAGAAACGAUAAGUUCUAAAAAUUAUGACCAAAAUGAAGAAAAACGUGAAAGUGUAAACAAUGUACAAACGUGUUUAAAGAGUACAGAGAUCAAUACCAUUGUAAAACAGUAUUGCUUAAACAGUACUCUUCAUGGGUUACGUUAUGUUGGUGAUUCGAAAUUGUCAAUUGUAGAAAGAAUAUUUUGGAUUAUUUCUUUCACCGCUGCUGUAUUAACAGCCACAUAUUAUAUCUGGUUUUUAUAUCAGAAGUGGGUUUCAUCACCCAUAAUAAUUUCAUUAAGUCCUGAGACUGUUUCCCUCAACGAAUUUCCAUUUCCUGCGGUUACUAUUUGCAAUAUGAAUAAUGUAAAAAAAAGUGAAGCAAUUCGCAUAGAAAAUGGGGAAAAUAUACAAGAGAAAUUAUUGUUGGAGGAUUUGUGUAAUUCCGAAAAUUCCUCCAUCGCUUAUGAUUUAGAACAAAAAGCAGUAGAAUGGAACGCUAUGCGACAUUUUAUGAUUAAUGUAUCUCAAUCAUGUAGCGACAUGUUAUAUUAUUGUCAAUGGCGUGGCAAUCAAACGGAAUGUGAAAAGAUUUUUAAUCCUACUAUGACCGACGAGGGUAUUUGUUGUAACUUUAAUUCUGUAAAUCGUAAUCAUUUGUUUCACGAUCCACGCGAUUGGCCUGAUUUAAAUAUUACUUUUUCUUUCGCUGGUAUCGAUUGGAAUCCUGAAAUUGGAUACAAUCAAGAAGUUCCAUCGGAUACUAUACCAUGGAGACCUUACGGUGCUGGUCUUUAUUAUGGUUUAACUUUAGUUCUUGAUGCUAAUAUUAAAGAAUAUUAUUGUUCUUCUACAGCUAGUGCAGGCUUUAAAAUGCUACUACACAGUCCCGUAGAAACACCAAAAAUUGCUGAUUUUGGGUUUGCUGUAGCUCCUGGCAAAGAAGUCAGAGUUAUAGUAUCUCCUAGAAUAUCAACAGCGAGUAAAAAUAUAUUAACUAUACCUAGGAGAAAACGAAAAUGUUUUUUCACGACUGAGAGAAAUCUACGUUAUUACCGAACUUACACGCAAAGAAAUUGUAUCUUAGAAUGCGAAGCUAACUUCACACAAAAAAUGUGUAACUGCGUCCAAUAUUACAUGCCAAAAUCAUCAAAUACUACAAUUUGUGGAAAGAAAGAUGACUCAUGUGCUACUACAGCACGACGAGCGAUGGAAGCUAGACUUUAUGAUGACAACCAGUGGAAUUUGACUGAAAUACCGAGCUGUAAUUGUUGGCCAGGAUGUUUCGAAUUGAGUUAUAAUUUGGAGAUAUCCGAUAGUAAAUUGAUGUCUAAUUUUAAUAUUCAGGAAAAAUAUACUAAGAAGAGUAGAAAAUAUUUUACUGAAAAUAUGGCAGUGGUUCAUAUCUUUUUUGUGGAAUCUCAAUUCACCAAAUCUAUGAAAAAUGAACUUUUUGGAUUUACAGAAUUCCUUUCAAGUACCGGUGGUCUACUUGGUCUAUUUAUGGGAUUUAGUUUUCUUUCCUUUAUGGAAAUAUUAUAUUUCCUAACUUUACGAUUGUGGUGUCGUUUAACAGAAAAUAAAAAUGUCCCAUCACAUACAGUAGUUCAAGUACACCCUAUGGAUCAUGAUCAAGAUUGUCCCAUUUAUCUUGCAUGUCUUCACUUUCUGGACUUCUAUUGGAAAUAUUUUUUAAAAACAUUGUUUCACAACGAAAGAACAAACUUAAAUAUGAUAAAUGAUUAACGAUAGUGUUUCUUUUAUUUGAAUUUCUCUUUAAUGUGUUUGCUACCACACUGAGGAGAAGAAAAUUCCAAUCGCAAUAUAGAAUUUAUUUAUCAUCUUGAUUACUGUCACCAAUAUGUGAGACAGUCCUUAAUAGAAAUUCGUGUGCGAACGUAUUAAAAUACUGAUUUAUAAUUAUAAUUUAAUGUUAUUACAACACAAGAAUAAAACUAGUAUUACAUUUUCUAAAAAUUAUCAUGAAUAUUUUAAUCAUUUGAUGUAACUAACUAUGCAUAAUAUUAUUAGAAAGAAGUGAUGACCUCAUUUGUACCUUAUACAAGAAUAUAUUAUAUGAAAUAUAAAAGUAUA